GUGCAAAAACCACAAACAUAUCUCUACACUUUCAAGUAUGUAGACAUAUUAUGUGUUUCAUAGAUUCUUCACAUAGUGAAUGUUUGGUUUGAGUAAAAUAGGGGAAGAGGAGGGGAAUGAGUUUUUGAACUAAUUAUAUUAUAAUAUUUUCAAAUAUUGCAAUCUAAUUGUUCAAAAAAUUCACCUCUCGCUUUGUUUCUCCCCCUCUUCCCUUAAACCAAACUUACCCUUAAUUUUAAUUAACUAACUUGUAUUUGAUCCAUAUUGCUAAUGACUCUUUGGUCCUUCAAAUAGUAAGGUGGAUCCAAAUCCAAAUUCAUGUAACAUAAAAAGAAUGUAUCCCAAUGGAGCCGACAACUCCACAUUGGUUCCUAUAUUCUAAGAUCCACAUGACCCCCAAAAUUGACAUCAAGUGGACGGUUCUUAGCUCUGUUACUCUGAAAAAUGAGUAUUUUACACGGAUUCUCCAUGUUGUUGGCCCAUGUUCACAUGGGUUCUGAGACUCCCAUGUCACAUGACCCAUCACAAAAUUACCAUUGAACCCCUUAUUACUUUAUGAGAAAUUAUAUCACGUGUGGGGACAAGAUGGGUACAAAUUUGUAAGGAAAAACCAAAGAAUAAGAUUUGGCUGUCAAAGAAAGAAAAAAUGGAAUUAAGAUAUGGCCUAUUAAGUAAGCCAAUGACAGUAUUGAUGGUCACUUAUCCUGUAAAGGCAGAGCAGAUCUAAACCAUUACUUCUUUUUGUCUUUCCUCUGUGUUCUCUCUACAAUGGUGGCCUAAGAGGAUUUGACAGAGAUGGGGAAGACAGGAAAAUGGCUUAAACACUUGUUAACAGGGAAAAAGGAUAAGGAAAAGCAAAAGGAAAAAUGCUCCAGUAAUCAGAGUUCCUCUGUUGCCCCAGAGAAUCCAUCAACUCCGAUUUCGGUGUUGCCUGGAACUCCCAAGGAGAAAAGGAGAUGGAGUUUCCGGAGAUCUUCAGCCACAGCAGCUCCAAAGGACUCGAAUGCUACAGAACAGGCUGUUGUUCCAGCGUCAGCAUUGGACAUGGAAGAUGCGCAGAAAAAGCAUGCCAUGGCAGUGGUAGCAGCCACUGCUGCAGCUGCGGAUGCUGCGGUGGUAGCUGCACAGGCUGCAGCUACUGUGAUCCGGUUGACUGCAGCUGCCAAUGGCAGAGGCAGCGCGGUUGAGCUUGAGGAAGCUGCUGCAAUAAAAAUCCAGUCGGCCUACAGGGCAUAUUUGGCAAGAAAAGCAUUGAGGGCAUUGAAGGGGCUAGUGAAGCUGCAGGCGCUGGUGCGAGGUCACCUGGUUAGGAAACAGGCAACAGCAACUCUCCGGUGCAUGCAGGCAUUGUUGACGGCACAGGCCAGAGCUCGAGCUCAGAGGAUCAGGAUGGCUGAAGAAUCCAACCCUGUUAGUCAGAGGCAAUCAGGCCACAGAAAGUCUACGCAGGAUCACCGUUACCGGUACAAUUACCAUGACAUCGACAGAGGCAUGGAGGAGGACAUCAAGACUGUAGAGAUGGAUUUUGCUGAAUCAAAAUCAAAUUCCAAGAGCAGAAACAGGUAUUCAACUGCAAACCAUACCCAAACAGAGCACCGAUUCUCCACCCAUUAUUCAAAUCAGGGAUCCUCGAGGCAGGAUAACCAGUCCCAAAUAUCUCCGGCGCCGUCAGUUCUUACCGACAUGAGCUCCAGCGCCUACGGCGGCCAUUUCGACGAAUGUUCUUUUAGCGCGGCGCAGAGCAGUCCGCAAUACUACUCUUCCACCCCCAAACCGGACCCGUCAAGACUCCCCCUCGCAUUCCCACCGCCCGAUUACGCCGAACCCAUGUCCUACGAUUACCCGUUGUACCCGAAUUACAUGGCGAAUACGGAAUCUUCCCUGGCUAAAGCCAGGUCGCAGAGUGCACCGAAAUCGAGGCCAGAUUCGUACGAGAGGCAGCCCAGCGGCCGGCGAAGAGCAUCGGUGGAAGGGAGGAAUGCACCGAGAGCGGUGCGGAUGCAGCGGUCGUCGUCGCACGUCGGAGCCACCCCGCAAAAUUCCCAGUUCCCGUGGUCAAUCAAGUUGGAUAGAUCAACGGUUUCGCUGAAAGAUAGCGAGUGCGGAUCGAGCAGUACAGUGCUUACAAACACCAAUUACUGCAGAUCGCCUGGUGGAUUUGAUCCUCAUGGAGAUAGGUACUGACAACAGGAACUGGACAAAUGCAUGUGACUUAACUAUUAAAAUAAGCCAAGCUGGAAAAGAAGCUUCUUCAACAGAAAAAAAAAAUGUAAAAUAAUUGUGGAACGGAAUGGUAGAACCGUAGAAGUGUAGAAGCUGCCCCAAUUUCUGAGAAUUUUUCCUUCUUUAUGCCAAGAGUUGAGUGCUUCAACAAUGUGUGGAGUCUUUCUUUUUAUUUUUUUUUCAGGUUUUCUUGAGACAUUAACUUUUACAUCGGUUUGGAUGUAUGGAUUUGUCAUUAGGGAAAGGUUAUUAAUCAACUAACCUGCAGGAAAUGCAGGCAAUCAGUUUGUCUAUAGAAGUUUAGGGUGUGAAUUUUCUCUAAUAUACAUAUUUUUCAUUU